AUGGCUGGAAUAAUUUUUCGUUCCUUAUUCAAUACAUCUUUAACUUUGAAUAAAACUAAUAUAACAACAAUAAGAUCAAUCAACACCGGCGCUGUAUAUUAUGCAGCUCGUAAGGGAACGAGGGCCAAAGCGAGGGCAAAGAAAGUAAAAGUAGAAAUUACUAAAGUCGGUUUUAUACCACACAACCAGAGAGGAAAAAAUAAAGAGACAAAGGUACAUGUUAACAAGCAUUUAGAUGAUUCAAACAAGCAUAUAUCAAAGGAUGAUGUUUACCCGAUGCGUUACUAUCGUUGGGUGGUAUACACUGCCGAAGAGGCUGUUCUCGCACACAAGGAAACCCACCAUCCAACUAUGUACAAUGUACCUGACGCACUUGUGUUUGCUCAAGUUGAACUAAACAUGGAAGCCGUUAAGAAGAACCGCUACAUAGAAAACUUCUCCCGACUGACCCUUCUGCCACGAGUGUUCCCUCGAGACGAAGAACGUACUAUACUCGCGUUCUGUAAGGGUCCGGAGUUGAUCAAACAAGUGGCUGAGGCUGGAGCCACGACCGCUGGCAGUACGGAACUCAUUAAGAAGAUACAGGAAGGUUCUUUAAAGCUCGGCGAUUAUGACUAUGUGAUAGCUCAUCCCAAUAUAUUAACGGAGUUAGUGCCGAUCAGGGGUCUAAUGAAGAGAAGGUUCCCAAGUCCCAACAAUGGUACAUUGAAUGCUAAUAUAUGUGACUUGGUGAAGAAGUUUGCUGCCGGAGUGCAAUAUAGAGUUGUUAAGGAUGAACAGCAACAGAAUUUUGGAUCCGUUGAAGUGCCUGUUGGAAGGUUGAACAUGGACGCUAAACAUAUAGCAGAAAAUAUUGAUGCAUUAUUGAAAGAUAUUCAGUCCGUGCGUCCGAAGCGAGACGGGCUUUUUAUAACUAGGUGUUUUAUCGUAAGUCCGCCUUCAAGCGAGAAACUCAAGAUAGAUCCAUUCGUUCACGUCGACCGAACACUAUCUAAGGAAGUUCAAGAAGACAGCGAUGAUGAAGACGAAGCUGUAGCCGCGAGAUCAUAA